AUGCAUGAAGAACACCACUCUCCCAAGAGAAGCGCCGCGCGCUCCCCAGAGAAGCGCCCGCCGCACGCUCCCAAGAGCAGCGCCGCACUCUCCCAAGAGCGCCAGGGCUCUGCCCCAACCAAGGCUAAUUGCAACCUGAUCUGUGGUGACGAAUAUGGUCCAGAAACAAAGAUGAGCAUGUCUCAGUUGAAUGAAAAGGAAACUCCUUUUGAACUCAUUGAAGCUCUGCUUAAGUACAUUGAAACCCUUAAUGUUCCUGGAGCUGUGUUGGUUUUUUUGCCUGGCUGGAAUUUGAUUUAUACUAUGCAGAAGCAUUUGGAAUUGAAUCCACAUUUUGGAAGUCAUCGUUAUCAGAUUCUGCCUCUGCAUUCUCAGAUUCCUCUAGGGGAGCAGAGAGGAGCAGCGCAAAAUUGUUUGCUAACACAAGUAUUUACUAACACUGGACCAGAUAAUAACUUGGAUGUUGUUAUCUCUCUCCUGGCUUUUGGUGUGUACCCCAACGUAUGCUAUCAUAAGGAAAAGAGAAAGAUUCUCACCACCGAAGGGCGUAAUGCACUUAUCCACAAAUCAUCUGUUAAUUGUCCUUUUAGCAGCCAAGACAUGAAGUACCCGUCUCCCUUCUUUGUAUUUGGUGAAAAGAUUCGAACCCGAGCCAUCUCUGCUAAAGGCAUGACCUUAGUCACCCCUCUGCAGUUACUUCUCUUUGCCUCCAAGAAAGUCCAAUCCGAUGGGCAGAUUGUGCUUGUAGAUGACUGGAUCAAACUGCAAAUAUCUCAUGAAGCUGCUUCCUGCAUCACUGCUCUUCGAGCAGCGAUGGAGGCUCUGGUUGUUGAAGUCACCAAACAACCUGAUAUCCUCAGUCAGUUGGACCCUGUAAAUGAACGUAUGCUGAACACAAUUCGCCAGAUCUCUAGGCCUUCGGCUGCUGGUAUCAACCUUAUGAUUGGCAGUACACGGUAUGGAGAUGGUCCACGUCCUCCCAAGAUGGCUCGAUAUGACAACGGAAGUGGAUACAGAAGGGGAGGUUCUGGGUAUGGUGGUGGGGGCUACGGCAGUGGCUACAGCAGUGGAGGUUAUGGUAGUGGAGGCUACAGAGGUGGGGGAGGCUAUGGCAAUGGAGGCUACGGUGGUGGCUCCAACUCCUAUCGGGGAGGAUAUGGUGGAGGUGGAGGUGGUGGUGGAGGCUACAGAGGAGGUUCCCGAGGUGGCUAUAGAGGCGGCUCUGGAGACUACAGAGGGUCUAGUGGAGGCUUCAGAGGAUCUGGGGGAUUCCAGCGAGGUGGCAGGGGAGGCUAUGGAAGUGGCUACUUUGGACAAGGAAGAGGAGGUGGUGGCUAUUAAAGCUUGGUU